AUGGCAUAUUUUACUUUAAAAAAAUCAUUAUUAUUAGGCUUUUUUGUUACAUUUUUAUGUUUUUUUGAUAAGUUUUGUCUACCAAAAUUAUUUAUAUUUUCACCAGGAAGAUUACAAGAACUUUCUAUAGAAGCAAUUAAAAAACAUCAAAAUGAUACGUUAGGUUUAAUGAAUGAAUUGGCAAAGAAUAUUAAAAAAGAAUAUGGAGAUGUUGUUCUUCCUUUAGAUCAUAGUAAAUGGAUUUUUAACAAUGCGGGAAAUGCUAUGGGUGCUAUGAUUGUUCUUCAUAUGUCUUUUUCAGAAUAUUUAAUUUUUUUCGGUACAGCUAUAGGAACAGAUGGACAUUCUGGUGUUCACUUUUCGGAUGAUUAUUUUACUAUACUAACAGGGGAACAAAAAGUUUUCGCGCCAGGUGAAUUAAAACCAACAAUCUAUAAACCAGGAAUGCAAACAUAUUUACCGCGUGGGAAAAAAAUUCAUUAUUCUAUGAUAGGCGAAUCCUGGGCCUUAGAAUUAGCACAAGGAUGGAUACCUUCUAUGCUUCCAUUUGGGCUUAUAGAGACAUUUUUUACCACACUUGAUUUUAAUACCUUCUGUUCUACUAUUCGCUAUGCUUUAGAAGCUAUGUUUAAAAGUUUUAUAAAUGGUAAGUUGUAAUUAAAUACGAUUUACUAUUUUUAUAUUUAUGCAAUAAACCUUAAAAAAUAUCUCAACGUAUCAUAUUUUAAGCAUGUUAUCAUUAUUUAAUAUCUAAAUCAGUAUUUUUCAAGCGAGUUUCAGAAAUAUUAUCAUUAUUAUCAAAAGAUUUUUUUGUUAUAUCAUUCUUUUCUACUUCAACAUCAUUUUUCAUUUCAUGAAUUACUUCAAGUAAUUCUGCAUUACGAAUCCAUUUACGUCGUCUGGUAUAUUUUCUAAAAUCAUCUUUUAGACUUUCUUUUUUCCAUAAAUUAUCAGUAUAAAUCCAACCAUCAGAAUCCUUAUCUCCCAAAUCACUAUGUUCGAUGACCCAAGAUUUGUCUAUCCAUUCCCAAUAUGUCCUAUACUUUUCUUUUGAACCUGUUUCUGAAUUAAUUCGAAUUAUUAUUUUGUCUUUAGGUAGAAGAAAGGCAUCUGGACUAGUACUUGGAUAUCCAUCUUCAUCAGUCCUAAUAAAAUUAAAAAAAAUAGUAUAAAAAAAUAUACAAAUUACCAGGGUGUUCGUUCAUGAGGAAACAUACUACAUGUCCAUCCAAAUCCUAUCCACUUUCUUUGAUUUUCCCAUAAAAUGAAUGUAUAUUUAACAGUUUCAUCAGAAACUUCUAACUCAUUUUGUAUUUUUUUUUCAGAAAACCCUUGUAUAAUUUUGUUUUCCCGAGGUAUGAAAUUUAUACCUACGACUUCUCCAACUAUGAUUCUUACUAAACGACUUCUCCAAAGAAUAAGCCGUGUCCCUUUUAUCCAUGGAGCGUGCCAUAUAAAUAUAAUUGUAACAAUAGUAAAGAUCAUUUGUCUUGGUGUAACAAGAAAAAGUAACAUUGCUAUCCAAAAUGGGGAAAUAAAAA